AUGCCCGAGACUAAAGACAAGUCCAAGGUUCACAAGCUGUCCCUGAAAGGGUCGGCGAAGCUGGUGUCUGAAUUCUUUGAAUACUCGAUCAACUCGAUUCUGUUUCAACGAGGCGUCUAUCCUCCCGAGGAUUUCACCACUGUCAAGAAAUAUGGCCUCAACAUGCUUGUGUCGGCCGACGACCAAGUGAAAGCCUACAUUAAGAAGAUUAUGUCGCAGCUGAAUAAGUGGAUGGUUGGUGGAAAGAUCUCCAAGCUUGUCGUGGUUAUCACGAGCAAGGAAACCGGGGAGCAUGUGGAGAGAUGGCAGUUUGACGUUGAGAUAUUUGGCAAGAGCUCCAAGAGCUCGAGCUCUCGAAAAGUGGGAGACAAAGAGAAUGCGGCCCCAGGCGAUGCGGACCCCCAAUCCCCUGAGCCCGUCGAGAAGACCGAAAAGGAAAUCCAGGAAGAAGUCCAAGCAAUCUUCCGCCAGAUAACCGCUUCCGUUACAUUCCUUCCUGUGCUGGAUGGCGAUUGCACUUUCAACGUGCUGGUCUACGCCGAUGCCGACUCCGAAGUGCCCGUGGAAUGGGGAGACAGUGAUGCCAAGGAAAUCAAGAACGCCGAGAAGGUGCAGCUGAGAAGCUUCAGCACGAACAAUCAUCGAGUGGGAACUCUCGUCAGCUAUCGGCUGGCGGAUUGA